UCAAAGGACUGAGGAAACCGGUCCUUGUGGCGUUCCAGUUUAGACAGAUGUUGAGGUUAUCACGCCUGAAAAAUCCUGUUGCGGUCUGGAUGCAUAAUUAAAUCAGCAUGCCUGGUGUGCACUAGCUAGCGACGCUUUUUGAACCGAGUGACACAGCUAGAUGGCUAUGUUUUAUAUUGUAUCGUUACAGCUAGCUUGCUAGCUGCUGAAAUGAGAAGAGAGGGGCAAUGCUGAUUGUUUUUUAGCUUUACUCUGAAUGAGUGUUUAUUUUAUUUGUAGCCUAACAAUGGAAUCAAAACGAAAUGCCGAGAAAAUGAACAAUUGCGGUUAGCCAGCUUACGGACUGUUGCUCACUACUGUUUUGUGUUGCCUGGAUUUGAUUUUCCACCGGUUAGCCAGCUAGCUAGCAGCGUUACAUUGAUGGCUAGCGAGCUAGCUAUAUACUGUAAACUAUUUGGUGUGAUGAAAACGCUCCAGUGAUACCUUGUGUUGGUGAACUGCGUCAGCGGGCGGACGGUGCAGGUACUCGGUUGCUGCGGUUCUCUGAACAACCAUGGUAAAAACAUUCUGGGAACGUUAGUGAUACAUAUUGAAAUUAUCCGCAAAAAAUGGAAUCGUCGGGUGAAUCCAAUCCCGAUCCCCCGCUGGGAUAUAAAUAUCAAUCUGUUCCCAAUUCAGAAUGUGAACUUAACGUUAAUGUUUAUGAGACCAUCAGUGACAGCAAUGUCAAUAACAUGGACCCUUCAGAGGUGUUGAGAGGGGGAAGUGACCCUAGUGCGUAUCCUCCAUCGAAUUAUCAGAGAAUUGUGCGUCAAAGGUUUAUCAGGAGAAGUUUGUGGUUUUCUGACUCCGACGAGCAAGCCUUCGAAGCACCAGAAUGUGACAACCGAAGCAAAAUCAAAAAUAUUAACCUGCGUACAAUUGUAGACAGGACAUUGGGCACUCGUGGUGGCUUGCAAGAGGGCUCUAGCACCGAGAGUCAAGGUGGACAAAAAGACAGCGCAACGGAAAGCGUUAGCGCCGACGAAGACAAGGAAAGAGUCGACCAGAAAUACAGUGCUGCAUCUACCGAGAGCGCAAAAAAUACUGGCAGAGCAGCGAGCGAUGAGAACGAAGAGGAGGCCGAGAUGAAAGCUGUAUCCACAUCACCUGGUGGAAGAUUUCUCAAGUUUGAUAUUGAACUUGGAAGGGGUUCUUUCAAGACGGUUUACAAGGGUCUGGACACGGAGACCUGGGUCGAGGUUGCAUGGUGUGAACUUCAGGAUCGGAAGCUGUCCAGGGUGGAGAGGCAGCGGUUUAAGGAGGAGGCGGAGAUGCUGAAAGGCCUGCAGCACCCGAACAUCGUACGCUUCUACGACUUCUGGGAGUCGCCGCUCAAAGGAAAGAAGUGCAUCGUGCUGGUGACGGAACUGAUGACAUCAGGGACCCUGAAAACGUAUUUGAAGAGGUUCAAGGUGAUGAAGCCCAAGGUCCUUAGGAGCUGGUGCAGGCAAAUUCUUAAAGGCUUGCACUUCCUCCACACCAGAACUCCACCUAUCAUUCACCGGGAUCUGAAAUGUGACAACAUCUUCAUCACAGGCCCCACUGGCUCUGUGAAAAUUGGAGAUCUUGGCCUUGCCACUCUGAAAAGAGCCUCUUUUGCCAAAAGUGUAAUUGGAACGCCUGAAUUCAUGGCCCCAGAGAUGUAUGAAGAGCACUAUGAUGAGUCAGUGGACGUGUACGCCUUUGGAAUGUGCAUGCUUGAAAUGGCCACCUCAGAAUACCCGUACUCCGAGUGCCAGAACGCUGCCCAAAUAUAUCGCAAAGUCACCAGUGGGGUGAAGCCUGCAAGCUACAACAAGGUGACCGACCCUGAAAUCAAGGAAAUUAUCGGUGAAUGCAUCUGCCAAAAGAAGGAAGAAAGGUAUUCCAUCAAGGACCUCCUGAAUCAUGCCUUUUUUGCGGAGGACACGGGCGUGCGGGUCGAGCUUGCUGAGGACGACGAUGGGAAGAAGUCGUCGAUCGCCUUGAAGCUGUGGGUGGAGGAUCCAAAGAAGCUGAAGGGCAAAUACAAAGACAGUGGAGCCAUUGAGUUCACCUUUGACCUGGAGAAGGAGGUCCCAGAAGUCGUGGCUCAGGAAAUGGUGGAGUCUGGAUUCUUCCAUGAGAGCGACGCGAAGAUUGUGGGGAAGUCAAUCAGGGACCGCGUGUCACUCAUCAAGUGGAAAAGGGAAAGGACAACUCCGGCGGCCGACGGCGAGGAGCCCAGGGACAGGGAGGCGGCCGAGGGCCCCAGGCCCCAGCAGGCCGUGCUGCAGGUCCCGGCCGUACAGGCCCUCCAGACAGGCCAGCCCGUCCUGCACGAGUCAGAGGAGCCGGAGGCGGACCAGCACGCGCGGCACUGCAACCUGCCCGCCAGCGCCACGUCAGUCACAUCGGACAGCACCUUUGACAGUGGCCUGGGCUCCACAGUGUAUUCGGACUCUCACAGCAGCCAACGCAGCGUCCUGUACCAGUCCAUUCAGGAUCCAGCUCCCCCUGUCCCCUCGACCGCACAGCAGCGCCAUUCCAGUGUCCCCUGCAUUGUCCAAGAGCCUCUCCUGUCCCAUGUGUCCCCUGAGUGUUGCGCUGAUUGCCGCUGUUCAGAGGCGGUAGGAGUGACCCCGGGCGGCAGGCGCGGGAGCACCUCUGUCGUCGAAACGAUGAGGAGCCGCGCGCCCCUGCAGUCCCUUUUAAAGCCCUUAAAGGCAGGCCCCUGCUGCUGCGGGAGGGGCCGCGGGCUGCAGGGCAGCUGCAGGGAGCAGGCGGAGCAGCCGGCAGACCCCCCCGCAGCGGCGGGAGAGGACAGCUUUCCUCUCCAGAGCCCCUACAUGUUUCUGCACGUGCCCCCAGCGCACUGGGACUCCCGUCGCCACAGCGACUCCUCGGUGGGCCCGCCCUCCGGCGGCAGCGGGGGCCCGGAGUGGCCGGCGGGAGAGGGGGCGGAGCAGCGGCGCGUCCCGAGCCCCGUCCCCCGGCCGCACUAUUGCCUGCCCUGCGUGUCACUGCUGCUCAAGUCCCGGGCGGACAGCCUGGCCCACGCGCUGCCCACCUGCCUGUGCGCGGCCACCCGCCACCUCCACCCGCACGCUGCCGGCGGCAGGAGCAGCCCCGACAGCGCCGACCUCUCCUCCCUGCACAAGUCCCUGCAGAGCAUCAUCAGCCGGAAGGGCGGCUCCGCGCUCCUGAGAGCGGCCUCCCCGUCCGAGAGCGCCGAGUACCGGCCACGGAGCCACGGGGAGCCCGUCAUGAACACCCAGCCUCCGCCGCAGGACGGGGGACAGGGACAGGGCCCGUCCGCACCCGCAGCUGCGCAGGCUAGCAGGGGCGGCCUCGCUGCCGAAAACAGGCACGGUUACAUGCAUGGUGUGCCACUGGUUCAGCACCCAACUGUACCUACACCAUCCUCACUGACCCAGCAGCCCUACCAGCAGCCUGCACAGACCUUCCCAGCUGCAGUGCCCAGUGCUCAACACAGCCAGCAGCCUGUACAGGCCUUCCCAGCUGCAGUGCCCAGUGUUCAGCACAGCCAGCAGCAUGCACAGGCCUUCCCAGCUGCAGUGCCCAGUGCUCAACACAGCCAGCAGCCUGUACAGGCCUUCCCAGCUGCAGUGCCCAGUGCUCAACACAGCCAGCAGCAUGCACAGGCCUUCCCAGCUGCAGUGCCCAGUGCUCAACACAGCCAGCAGCAUGCACAGGCCUUCCCAGCUGCAGUGCCCAGUGCUCAGCACAGCCAGCAGACUGCACAGGCCUUCCCAGCUGCAGUGCCCAGUGCUCCUCACAGCCAGCAGACUGUGCAGGCCGUCCCAGCUGCUACAGCACCCGGUGCACAACUCGGCCAGCAGACUGCACAGGCUGUCCCAGCUGUAGCACCCAGCACUCAACUGAGCCAGCAGACUGCGCAGACCUUCCCAGCCGCAACACCCCCUGUGCAACAGAAUCAACAGAUUCCACAGGCCAUCCCCGCUUCUACAGCCACUGCACAACAGAAACAGCCAGUCCUGCAAUCCUUUCCAGCAGCAGCACCCAGCGCUCAACAGAGCCAGCCAACUGCGCAGACCUUCCCAGCUGCAGUGCCCAGUGCUCAGCACAGCCAGCAGACUGCGCAGACCUUCCCAGCUGCAGUGCCCAGUGCUCAACACAGCCAGCAGACUGUGCAGACCUUCCCAGCUGCAGUGCCCAGUGCUCAACAGAGCCAGCCAACUGCGCAGACCUUCCCAGCUGCAGUGCCCAGUGCUCAGCACAGCCAGCAGACUGCGCAGACCUUCCCAGCUGCAGUGCCCAGUGCUCAACAGAGCCAGCCGACUGCGCAGGCCUUCCCAGCAGCAGCGCCCAGUGCUCAACACAGCCAGCCGACUGCGCAGACCUUCCCAGCUGCAGUGCCCAGUGCUCAACAGAGCCAGCCGACUGCGCAGACCUUCCCAGCAGCAGCGCCCACUCCACAAGUAAGCCAGCAGGCUGCACAGGCCUUUCCAGCUGCAGCACCCCCAGUGCACCCCCAGAUUCAACAGACGGUGCAGGCCAUCCCCGCUUCACUGCCCACCGGGCAGAGCAGCAAGCCGACUCCGCAGGCCGCCCCAGCCGCAGCACCCGCCGUGCUACAGAGUCAACAGACUCCGCAGGCCGCCCCAGCCGCAGGGCCCGCUGCGCACCUCAGUCAGCAGCCUGCACAGGCAGCAGCCAGCGCUCCGAGCAUUCAGGCCACCUCCCUUCCAGCCCCCCAGCAGUUCCAACCCUAUUUCUACACUGCAGCUUUCCCGGCCCAGCAACUUCCCUUGGGGCAGAGCCUUCCCCAGGCAGCCACUGAGGGACAGAACAUCCUGCAGCAUCUCCACCAAUCAGCAUCAUGCCAGCCCCCCCAGGGCCCUCUGCAGCCAUCAACCCAGACCUCUCAUGUACUCCAGCCUCUCCAGAUCUCAACCUCACUGCCACCAUCGCAAUUCACACAGUUCCCUCCACCAUAUCCUGUUAUUCCAACAGGAACUCCUCUUGCUGGAAGUGAAACUUGCCCUCAACAUGCUGUUCCUCCCCACUCUGGCUUUCCCAACACCAGCACCCCUCCUGUCCCGUCUUCUUAUUUCUCUCCUGGGCAGACUGUCCCUCCCCACCCCUCUGUCUCCCUCGCCCCCACCCUGCAAGCAGCGGGCACCCUGCAGUGUCCUGGCGCGACCGCCAACAUGCCCUUGCUUGCUGUGGCAACGGGCAGCCAUUCGGGCGUACCUCCGAUGCCACAGCAGCAGCAGGUCUAUUCUUGCCCUCUGCAGAAGGGCAUAAACUCAGAGGCUUCUCCCUUGCAAGCUACCAUCAUUCCUCCACCCCCCUUGGUACAACAAACCCCCCUCCCCAGCGUUAACCCUCCCUCUCUGCCUGAGUCAGCUCUGCCUCCCUCUGAGCUUCCUGGACAGAAGAGCGCUGAGCAGAUGUCAUCCAGCUACCCCUCUGACCCGAGCCAGCAGAGCAGGACUCAGGUCCCCGUACCGGUCCAUUCGGGCCAGCCGGCUGUCUCCUCCCCACCGGUGAAGAGCUGUCCGGACCCAGGGCCUGCCGCAGUGGUGCUGGACCAAAAUCAGGACUCCUCCCCGGCCCCGCAGCUUGCUGGCACCCAGACAGCAGCCGCUGCCUCUGCCAGCACCAGCCAGCCCCUGAGUCAGCAGCCCCAAGCCCCUGCUGAGCACAGCCUGGAGGAGCCAGUACCAGAAAAACAAGCUCCAGUGCACAGCUAUGGCUACGACAGCGUCAACUCGGACGCCACCUCAGGUAAAGAGAUGAGUGAUGGCGGUGAGGGGGGCCACAGCUGCGGGAAGGCAGACGGAAAGGCCAGGAAACACCACCGCAGGUCCACACGGACCCGUUCCCGCCAGGAGAGGACCACCAAGCCCAAACUGAGCAUGCUCAACGUCUGCAACACUGGUGAUAAGAUGGUCGAGUGCCAGCUGGAGACUCAUAACCACAAGAUGGUGACAUUCAAAUUCGAUCUAGACGGAGACGCUCCUGAGGAAAUUGCGACUUACAUGGUGGAGAAUGACUUCAUCCUACCCAUAGAGAAGGAGGUCUUCAUCGAGCAGCUGAAGGACAUCGUGGACAAGGCGGAGGACAUGCUGAGCGAGGACACGGAGGGCGAGAGGAGCUCGGACCAGGGCACCAGCCCCCAGCAGGGCCACACUGUUGGGAUUCUGGGGGGAGAGUGUCCGAAGACUCCGCAGCCCAGCGCCAACCAGCCUGUCUACCAGCAGAAUGUGCUCCACACUGGCAAGAGAUGGUUUAUCAUCUGCCCUGUGGCCGAGUCGCCCACGCCCUCAAAGGAGACCGCUUCCUCUACGGUGACCUCCACAGCACAGCCUGCAACGAAGGAGCCAGCAGCCCUUGCAGCGCAGCCAUCGGAGGGCGCUGCUGCAUCGCUCCCGGGGGCCUCGAGGGCCAGCAGUGGCACCCUUCCACCCGCGGCGUCCGUCACCCCCUCCGCCCCUCCCCCAGCACAGGGUGUGGCCCAGGCACAGGGUUCUAAUGGCGCCGCUGGGGAGAUGAGGACCCAUCAGACCCAGCCUGUCACGGCUCAGGGUGCAGGCAGCGACCUUCGGUCUGCGGAGGAGCCCACUGGCACACGUCUCGCCUCAGUGACUCCCCUCCACACCGUGCAGCAGGUGGCGGAGGUCACCUGCGCCCCUGUCUCCGACCUCCCGUGCUGCCCCAUUGUGCCGCCUCUGUCUCUGGAUGUGACCACGUCAGCGCCAGCCCCGCCCCAAGACGCUGGCCCAACAGGGGAACCCCACCUUCCCAGCCAGGGAGACCACACCCAUCCGCCCGUGGUGCUGCAGCAGCCCUUUGCCACGCCCAUGCAGCCAUCGGUGGGAGGAGCCAAGCCCUCGUCUCAGCCCCAGAGCCCCGCCCAGGCACCGCAGGCCCAUAGCUCCACACCAGGCCCCGCCCCCCUACAGCAGGGGGGGCCUGGGGAGUCCGAUGGCGAAGGCCCUCCCAGAGUUGAGUUUGUUGACAAUACCAUCAAGACGCUGGACGAGAAACUGCGCAAUUUAUUGUACCAAGAGUAUGUUCCCACACACCCUGCUGGCUCUGCAGCGGAAGCCACGGGCUCUGGCGCCGAGUUUGCCCCCUCCCCUCCCAUCUCUGAAAGCCAGGCAGUGGAGGGACCAUUCAAGAAAGCAGAGCCACUGCCCCAGAUUCCAGAGGGGGCAGACAGCCUUGGCGCUCUCAGUGACUCUGCUGUGGCCGCUUCAACCAGGACCACAGCUAGAGACACAGUCACCAGCUCCGGGUCACACUCAGGUUCUAAGAGCCGAUUCCAGAUUAUACCCACUCCACCGGAAGUCGUCAAGAGACUGGAGCGCUCUCGCAAGAGUAGGAGCACCUGUGCCUCUCCAUUGCCCCCUGGUGGCAGGCUGAGGGAUGGCUCCCAUUCAAACAGGGAGGGUGAGGCUGUGCCCGUCACCACCAUUGGCAGGUUUUCUGUCGUCAGCACUGAGGACGAGGUCACGGUGAAGACCCGCAGCAACCGGUACUCCGCGCCUCCUGACUUCUAUCAGGACGCGGGCCCUUCCAGCCCGGACCGCAGGCCGCCCCUGCCACGUGCCCAGACCUCCGUCCCCAUGGACGUGGCAGCGCACGGCCUCCGUCUGUCCUCGGACUCGGGCGAGGACAGCAGCGCCGCCAAGCCGGCCCAGGCUCCGCCCCCGGGCCACGCCCACUCCGAGCACAGCGGCAGCGACCUGAUGAAGAAGGCGGUGGCCUUCCUUCGCCGGUCGGGGCGCAGCGGCAGCGUGCAGAGCUCCGAUUCGCCCAGCCGACAAGGGGGCAGCGGGAACGCCCCUUCCAUCCACAUCACCUCCCUCCACUCCCAGUCCUCCUACGUCAGCAGCGACAACGACUCAGAGUUCGAGGACGCAGACAUGAAGAAGGAGCUGCAGAGACUCAGAGAGAAACACAUGAAGGAGAUCUCUGAGCUGCAGGCCCAUCAGAGAGGGGAGAUCGAGCUGCUGUACCAGAAGCUAGGCAAACCCCUUCCACCUACUGUGGGAUUCCUCCACGCAGCGCCCCCUACAGGCCGGCGGCGCAGAGCCAGCAAGCACAAGCUGAAGGCUGGGAAACUGCUCAACCCUGUGGUCCAGCAGCUUAAGAUCGUCAGCACCAAGUCCAGUGAGGGUGAGCCAGCAGUGGCCUCGGAUGAUUCGUCAUCGAAAGGCUCAGACCUGGCAGACAGCGUCUCCCUCUCCAACACCAGCACUCUGCCCACCUCCGUGUCCGAGCCGGUCCAGACCCAGCAGCCCUGCUCUCUCAAGGGCUCCCUCUCCUCCGACAACAUCUACUCUGGCUUCCAGAGCGAAGGCACAGGAUCGCACGCGCUGGGCCAAGGCUGGACGGUUUACCACCAAACAUCAGAGAGAGUGACCUAUAAAUCUAGUAGCAAACCUCGUACCAGAUUCCUCAGUGGGCCUGUCUCUCUGUCCAUCUGGUCCACCCUGAAACGACUAUGUCUAGGCAAAGAGCGCAGUAGUAGGUCCACGAAUAGCACUGGAGCAACUGCAGCAACGUCCAAUCAGAACCAGCAGCAGCAGCAGCAGCAGCAACAGCAGCAGCAUCCAGUGGCAGCGGUGUCCACACCCCCUCCCCCUCAGCCAAUCUCUGGGCUUGCCCAGGCCCAGACUAACAACAGUAACAACAAGACGGGCACCUUCACAGAUGACCUGCACAAACUGGUUGACGACUGGGCUAAGGAGACACUGGCAGCCUCCCAUGCCAGGCCCUCCCUCAACCAGAUCAGGCUGCAGCGACAGUGGCAGGACCUGGAGGCAAGAACCACACCUGCAAAUGUACAGGAGGUGAAGUGCCCCCGCCCGUUAGCCGCGAUGACAUACCAGCUCCCCCUCUCCUGCCCGAUGACAGCGGCCCUGGCGCACGCCAUGCCACCACCCAUGAGCAGCAACCCCAAGGCUGGCGUGCAGCCUGGGUACAUAGUACCAACCAGCCACUUCGGAGGAGUGCUCCCUGCACCCAUGUACGCGCCCCAGUGGCCCGCCAUGGCCGGUCCCGUGGGCCCCGUGGGAGUGUUGGGCACUCCAGGGGCCGUGCCGUUCCCCUCCAUUGGGAAUCCUGGCUUACAGGUCUUUCCGGUACCCCUGCAAAACCCUGUGAGCCCACCAAGCCCCAAUAUGAGGACUACUUAGCUUCACCCUGCCCUAGUCUAGUGUUUCCAACACAAGGACUACACUGAUUCACUCUGUCUAAGUCCAACGUUUCCCACAUGUGGGCUACCUAGCAUCAUUCUGUCCCAGAACCAUAUGUUCAAAGCUUUACUCUGGAGUGUGUUUGCUUGUAAAUAACAUGUGUGCGUGUAAAUAACUUGUGCGUGUAUAUAACCCUUGUGUGUGUGUGUGUGUGUGUGUGUAUAUAUAACUUGUGUGCGCGUGUACAUAAUACCCCAUGUGCUGCUGGGUUUGGUCCUGAACAAGCACACACACAUAUUGUACAUUGUGUCUCGCAAUCACUGUGAAACAAUUUCACUCAAGAUCCACUGUUACCGUUUGCUUUAGGCCAUCGUAGACUUCUCGACUGCAGCCAUCUUAUUACAGUUUGAUGCUCCUUUUAAAACACUAGCACUGGAAAUACUGAGACAUUUAGAUUAACUUGAAUUUGUACUUAAGGUGAGUCACCCUGCAAGAGUGUAGUGCCUUGAACAAUGCUUUUCAGGCCCCCCUCCCUGAGAAGAAGCAUGUAAACAUUUGAAAGAGUUUUAUUUCGUAUUGACUCGACGCUUUAUUUUUAACGCAUUAAAACAUUAUUUUGUGUUUUACUUUCAAAACGCCCCUCUUACAGCACUGCACUAUAUAAACACUGUAGAUGUUGUUAUUUAAAUAAUAAAAUCAUGUAUUUCAGCCGUUCUUUUUUCGCCACGUCUGUGUAUGAGGGCAAAACUGAGAGAGCCAUGGAAGUCGUGGUGGGGAGAGUCCUGGAAUUUUGCUCUCACUCGCCAUUGUAGUCAGGGAUGCAGCGUUAAAAAGUGAGAUGUGCACUGGGGAGAUGUGUGGGGAGAACGUAGCGCUGUGGUUUGUGCAGUGCAAGAUAUAAGUGCAAUUUCAACAACUGGCAAAGCUUUUCGUAGUGGCCUUGCAACAAGCCUUAUUGUAGAAAUGAGCACCGGGAUCUUGUUUCGCUUUUGUGUUGAGUUCAACACUUGGCCGUCAGUGGAAAUAAAUGCAUUCACUGGUGUACGUUAUUUGAGCACGGAUAGGUUUAAGAUGAUUUUUUUUUAAUCUCUUUUGUAUUUUUUUUUUUUUUUUGAAGGGCAGUGCAAUGACCAGUUUUUAUUUAGUUGUAUAAGUUACUGCUGUUUUGUUAAAUGUACACGUAAGCUUACUUUCAAUGCUGCUAGUCUGUCCUCUGAAUUCAUCCUGUUGUAGAGAGACAGGCUGAAACAAGGUACACUUGGCCUGGCUAUGUAACUGACAACACUAUACGCAUGAUAAUACGCACAAAAUAUUUUGGAGAAAGAGUUCUCAAUAAUACGUACAUUUGAACAAAAAUGACUCAGUGGACCUUUGUUAAAGUGUGGGUGUUUGGGUUUUUUUUUUUUUUUUUUUUUGUAAAAUUUUAUGUGAAGCAGUGUUAUCACUUAGUUAAAAAGGUAUGGUGUGCGUGUGUAACUGCAGGGCUGUUACCAGUAAUGCCACAGCAUAAUUUUUUUCUUGUUGGAAUCAUUCUUAGACAACAUGGUGGCCAGUUAGCUCUGAAUAGAAUGCACUUACCUCUCACAGUCACAGUUUUGGUCCCUGUAUUGCUUAGUUCACGUUCUGUACUCUCGUGCACUGUGUUUGGCCAGUGUAACUGACUUUGCUAAUCCUUCAUCCAUACUAAGACACAUCUCUCAUCUCUCAUUGCAGAAGAGAGGCUACACAUUUAAGUUUCUGUUUUGUUUUUUCCGUUGUUGUUCAGUGCAGCUAUUCAAAAUUAAUAUAAAAACUGAGUAUGGCACAAGGUUAACAAUUACAGUGACAGCCUGCAGCUGUGAUGACAGAUGGCUUCAUUUGACCAAAAGUGCUUGUCACAAACAUCCAUGGUCAAAGGUUUGGAAACUCAUCUGUCCAAAGGCCAAGGCAGGUUAUUUCCUGCUGUGAAAUUUACUGCAACAUGCUGAAAGGCUUGUCCUGUUCUGCCAAGCUGUGAAUUGUACAGAUCUUCUACAGUUUAUGUUACCUUUUUUGUGUGUUGAUCCUGCUGUACUCCUCUGUAUAUUACUCCAUCAAUUCGGUCUGAAUUGGAUUUUUAUAGAAUCUUACGCAGAAUCUUCUGCUGUGGCAAAAUACGUUUGGUUGUAAGAGAUUUCUGUUCUCUCACAUCUUCUAUUUUACAUCCAUGUCUGUAUGCUUCUGGAGCAAACAUAGAAGCAUUUUUCAGAAUCAUUGAUGCUUGCACAAUAGCUCUGUGUGGGAUUGCUUCUGCCUGUUAUAGCGUUCUCUUGCUUUUCCUGGCCCGGUCAG